GAUUCUAUAAUCAGUUUUACUAAUAUUUGUUAUGUGAAGGAGAGACACUCAUUUUACAGUACAGUGCUUAGUAAAAUAAGCUGAUUGCUCUCCACGUUGGCAAGUUUUUGAAAAUUGGAGCCUUAGUGACACUUAGAGACCUAGAGAGAGACUUUCAUAGGGCAAGAUUGAGAAAGAUGUUCUAACUAAUAUUCAGACUUGGAAAGGUCAUAAUGAUAAAAAAAACAGUGGUAGAGGGUAAAAGAUGGGGAAAAAGAUAUGCACACAGAAGGACAAUAACCAAAGUAUUUUGGGGGUAGAGACAACCAGGAAAAGUGCAGAAGACACUCUGAGACUGUCUGAAAGGAUGGGUUGAUUAGAGAGGGAGAAAUAAGGGACAAUAUAGGGUUUGAGCAGCAGGAGAAACACAUGAAGAGAGACUACAUGCUGUUCUGAAUAUGAGAGUAAGAGAGAGAAGAUCAGGUUAUAAGGGAGUGGAAACUUCUAGCACUAGAAAUAGGGAAACGCAGUUGUGAGAGAGCAAGACAUUCAACACCCAAGCAGAGAUAAAUCCAUGGAAGGAGACAGGAGGGCAGUGAGACAUUCAGAGCCUGAGGAACUGAGACACUUACACCCUGAGCAUGAAGAAGCAGAGAAGGGGUGAAACACUUUGGAACAGAGGGAUUCAAGUUCCCAAAGAUACAAACACAGAGAGUGAGCAAUUGAGACAUUAAUGGACAGAGAAGAGAGAGAGAGAGAAAUGCCAAAAAUAUUAAUGGACAGAGCAAGAGAGACAAAGAAAUAAAGAGGGGAACCCAAGAACAGAGGAUAGAGACACAGACAAAUUAGACAUCAUGACACCCUCUUAGAGAGAGGUGGGCACUAUCAGAGAAAAAGACAUGCACACACCAAGGGUAAGGGAAUAAGAUAAUGAGAAAAACACAUGUGGGGAGGGCAAGUUUUCCAGAGAUUGGGGAACAUAGGGAGAACAAGUGAAGAAGGGGAUGGAAAAGACAGAAACAGAGGGAGCGAGAGAGGUCAAGACACAAAUUGUUAUAAAGCGAUAUAGGAGAGACACUGAGACUGACACAUGCAAACACACAUACAAAUAAGCACUCAGAAAGGAUACACACAGAAGGAUAGCAAAGCACAUAGAAACAGAGGAGACUCACUGACUAUAAUAAACAGUAAGAGAGACACUGAGUGUGAGAGACAAGACAUUCAUGUAUACAGAAGAAGACACAGUGAGCUAGUAAGAAGCAUAUGAGUCAGAUACAGGCUACAGAGUGAGAGGGACAGAGACGUUAAGAAAACAAAUAUUUCACUGAGUAAAAGAUUUAGAGAAUAAAAGACAUUGGGAAUGAUAAACACACACAGGCAUAGAAAGGUAAUAUUUAUUGUUAUUAUUUACAGAGAUAGAGACAUGGAUUCUGUUUCAAAUCUAAAGCUCACAACAUGGAGCUAAUGAGAAUCACUCACCACAAAAAGAGACACAGUGACAGAGGGACACAGAUGGACAAAAUACUAGAGACUUAUACUGAAACUCACAGAGAGAGACAGAUGAGAUAGAAAGACGUGCAUUGGGGAGGGAAAGAAAGACUAGCAUUCAAAGAAAAAGACAGCACUACACACAGUCUAACAAUAAGUAGACAGCAAGAAUCACACAUGUCACCAGACAGCGUUGUAUACAUAGACCGGCAUUGGCACGUUGCUCCAGCAGUUCUCUUUGACUUGUCAUUCCAGUACAUUGCGUUCUGUGCAUCCCACAAGGAGUUAAUCCAUUCCUAUAAGGCAUAGCACUGGUUCCUGGGAAUCCUUCUCCACCUCCUCUCCUGCCUUCAUUCUCUGCGUCCCUCCCCCCUCCUUUGCAGUUGCAGGGGCUUUAAUGGGGUUGGGUUUGAUGAGCAGCGAGUCCCAGCCCUCCUCGGUGUAAACAGAGCACUGAGAAUCCUUCUCCAGGGGCUGGCCACCAAAUGCUAGAGGUAAACAAGCUGACAGAAUGGCGUUUAGCAAUUUGAGUUUGGAACGAAGAUGCAAUGAUGUUUUGCAGAGGGGCAAGGUGACUCAACCUCUCGGGCUAUAAAUGCUUCUCUUGUGGCAGAACUGCUCAUCUUCCAUAACGUUUCCUGUGUGGAAGGCAGUGUGUGUCUGUGAUGGACCAUAGGGAUACUGCUAUGUUAGGAGUAGGAUUGGAAUCAGAAGGGUCUGCAGAUACCCCUUGUGUGGUCAGUGGUGGUGACUCUGUAAUCAACAAGAUAGACACAGCCCAAGAAAGCAGUGUGAAGGAACAGGACUCUCAGAAGCUCCAGAACCCAGACAACACUCAGGCCAGCGCUGGCACAGACGCACACCAGUUCUCUGUGACAGAGACAAACUUUUCUGAAGGCCAUUUAAAGUUGAAAAUUGGACUUCAAGCUAAAAGGACUAAGAAACCUCCAAAGAACCUGGAGAGUUAUGUGUGUCGCCCUGCCAUAAAAACCAGCAUCAAACCAAGGCGGAGGGUCUUGAAGGAUGGAAAGAUGACAGAAGAGAGGAAUGAGCUGAUCUCCUCUAAACAGGAUACAUCCAAACUACAAAAGAAAUCCGGAGAUGUCGCCAACCUUGAUUGUUCAAAGUUGGAAUGCUCACAUCUUCGACCAGAGGAGCAGAAACUUUCCUCUUCAAAGAAUACUUCUCCUUUGCACUUAGAAGUGAAUGAUCACACAAAAGCAGCAUCAGCUAGAAUGGUUAGUAACAGAGACCCUGACAUGAAGGACAAAACAACUGUAAAUGGCACAGCAACUAGUGUUACUGAGAAACUUGCUCAGCUUAUAGCGACCUGUCCCCCAUUAAAGUCUUCCAAGAACAGAGCCAAGAAACAGGCUAACACCCCACCGAACGGUAUGGUUUCCAAAGAAUUGGGGGCUCCAACAAAUGACUCUCUUACUCCUUUGUCAGAGCACUUGAAAUCUCCAUCCUCCAUAACCAGCGGCUGUUCAGAGGAUAAGGAAACUGAAUGUUUACAAGAGAAAAUGAGCAGCAAAUCCUUAGAGUUAGGAAACGUACGGCAGGCCAAGGAGAGCAUUUUGGAGAAAUUCUGUAUUAGGAAAGAGAUAUCAGGUACUGAAAAAGACGUUUGUAACGAUGUAUUAUCUAUUCCACAGGAUAGCUCCUCUCUUAAAGAGAAAAGGCUUCCUGAUACAACUAUACAGGAGAAGCAGCUUCCUGUAUAUUGCACUUCUUUGGACUACAGGACAGGAGGGGCAUCUGAUGCAUCUACAGCAAAGUCACCUUUUAGUGCAGUAGGUGAAGGAAGCCUCCCUUCACCAGUGCCAGCAACUUCAGUGACUGCUUCUAGUAGAAGCCCAAAUGUGAAUUCACCGAACUCUCCUUCAAAUUCUUUGCACUUAAACCCUGCCCCUGAGCUCUUAGAAUGUAUUAAAGAGUGGAGUGACAAAAGCAAAUGCUCUUCUCCUAACUUGCCUGUUAAGACUGACAAUAGAAUCUCACACCUAAAUUUGGAUUCUGAAAUUGUGCAAAAUAAUAAAGUUUGUAAAGAGUCUAAAACUGUACGUAGUAAGAUUUUAAGAACUUUGUCUCCUGGGCUUCACGGCCUGGUGAAAAAACCCAUGCAGAGGCCUGAGCUUGGAAAUCACAAGUCUGACCCUUCUAUUGUCAGCUUUGCUAGUUUGCUUAGGAAAAAACAAAUGAUAAAGAUUAGCACCAUGGUAGAAAAGCAGUUUCAUAAUGUCCAAAAUGUGAGCACUAAUCAACAGACAAGACCAUUAAAGAAAAGAAAAGGAAAGAAGCCCAGAUGGACUAAAGCUGUCACAAAAACCACUUGUCAUUCCUCAAAGGAAUUGGAAUCAGCAGAGCAGAGCAGGUUUCUAAAAUCUGUUCCUCAUACAAACCAUAAUCCUGGACAGGACAGUCCUCUAAGAGGUAUGGAAAGGACAUCAUUUCAUGGUUACAAAAUUAAUAAAAAUAAUUUUUGCAAACUAAGCAGUUCUAACUCUGGGCAUUUGCCUGGUGUUUUGCCAGAAAACCACAAUCAGUCUCAUAAACUGUAUGGUUCUCAUACCUAUUCCAAUGAUGAUAUAGUAACUCAUAAAUCCAAAAAAGGAAAAACCAGGAACAAAGAAAUGCCACAACUGGAAGGUCCACCAAAGAGGGCACUAAAAAUUCCUGCAUCAAAAGUAGUUUCUUCACAAUCAAAAGAAGAUCAAGGGCCCCCUGUACUACAGCCUGAAGUGGAAAUAUCAACUAUGAAAUCAAGCUCCACGGUGCAAAUGCUUCCUCGAAAAAGAGGCAGGCCGAGGAGGCAGUUAGCUCCACCACUGAUUAGGACACCACCUGUGCUUUCCGCAGCUCCAUUUUUUGCUACAGACUGUCUAAACCAGUUUGAAGUUGAAAAUGAAAAAUCUAGAAAUGCUGAUGUUUCGAACAAGGAAACAAUUCGGUUUAGAGAUGAUAUUUCAAAAUCUAGUGAUCAUUUUCCAGAAUCUGACAGAAAGAUAGUGAAAAGGAGCAAUGGGCAGCUGAUGAAAACAAUUAUCCGGAAGAUAAAUAAGAUGAAAACAAUAAAAAGAAAAAAGAUUCUUAAUCAGAUUCUCUCCAGCGCAGCAGACCAGAAUACCAAAGGGAAAGUUCAAUCAAAACAGCAGACUUCCGUCUCGUCUCUUGCAGCAACUUUUGGUUCCAAACUAGGCCAGCAAAUAAAUGUAAGCAAAAAAGGAACUAUUUACAUAGGAAAGAGGAGAGGUAGGAAGCCUAAGGCAUCACUGGACUGUGUUCUCAGCAAGAACUGCAGUAGCAUUGCUGCAGUGGAAAAAUCAUGUCAGCAAAUAGUAAACACACCACUAGGCCAGAUUUCACCACCUUUAAUAUCUCCGGCAACGUCCAGUGCAGAUGUUCUUCCUUCACCAGUCAGCUCUCAUUCAUCUGGCAUUAGUGGUGCCCAGAGUCCAGUUAGCAGUGAUGCUGGAUUUGUUGAACCAAGCACCGUGCCAUAUUUGCUCAUGCACUCAAGACAAGGUAGUGUCCUUCAAACACUUGCAAUGAGGAAAGCAUCUAAGGAUACUAGACAUUUGUCACCACCUACAUUGCUGCCAAAUUCUCCUUCCCACUUAAAUGAGCUGACCUCGCUGAAAGAAGCCACACCAUCUCCUAUUAGUGAGUCUCAUAGUGAUGAGACUAUUCCAAGCGACAGUGGUAUUGGAACUGAUAACAAUAGUACAUCGGAUCGAGCAGAGAAAUUCUGUGGGCAAAAGAAAAGGCGUCAUUCCUUUGAGCACAUUUCUCUUAUGCCUUCAGAGACCUCAACUGUUCUGAGCAGCCUGAAGGAAAAACACAAGCACAAAUGCAAGCGCAGAAAUCAUGACUUUCUCAAUUAUGAUAAGAUUAAAAGACAAAAGAGAAAACGUAAAAAGAAGUAUCCACAACUUAGGAGCCGUCAAGAUCCGGAUUUCCUGGCUGAGUUAGAGGAGCUUAUAAGUCAACUGAGUGAGAUCCGAAUAACUCACCGGAGUCACCAUUUUAUCCCCCGAGACCUGCUUCCUACCAUAUUUCGUCUGAAUUUCAAUAGUUUUUACGGUCACCCUACCUUCCCAUUAGACCCACUACACUACAUUCGAAAGCCUGAUUUAAAGAAAAAGCGAGGUAGGCCUCCAAAAAUGCGAGAGACUAUGGCAGAGAUGCCUUUCAUGCAUAGCCUUAGCUUCCCACUUUCAAGUACUGGUUUUUACCCUUCUUAUGGCAUGCCUUAUUCCCCUUCCCCACUUACUCCUGCACCUGUUGGCUUAGGUUAUUAUGGAAGGUAUCCGCCUACAAUUUAUCCUCCUCCUCCUUCUCCUUCCUUUACUACUCCACUGCCACCCCCAUCAUACAUGCACACAGGCCAUUUGCUUCUUAAUCCUGCCAAAUAUCAUAAGAAAAAACAUAAGCUGCUUCGACAGGAGGCUUUUCUAACAACCAGCAGGACUCCCUUACUUUCCAUGAGCACAUAUCCAAGUGUCCCUCCUGAAAUGGCAUACGGCUGGAUGGUUGAGCACAAACACCGGCACCGCCAUAAGCAUCGUGAUCACCGGUCAUCAGAUCAGACACAGGUUACAAUAGAUCCUUUGACAGGAGUCAGCUCUACAAGGCCCUUUUUGGAAUCCCUAAAACGUUAUAAGUUUGGAAAAGACCCUAUCAGUGAUCGGUACAAACAUAAAGAGAAACACAGAUGUCACAUACCUUGUUCCCAUCUGCCACCUUCCAAGGGAUUAUUAAGCAGAGGUGAACAGUGGAUACGACGGGAGACCCCUGAGGCUAGUUCACUGACAUUAGGACUACAGACUCCAUUACAUAUAGAUUGUUCUGACAGCUCUCCAAGUCUCUCAUUGGGUGCUUUCACUCCCAAUUCUGAGCCAGCCAGCAGUGAAGAGCAUACAAACCUUUUUACAAAUGCAUUAGGUAACUGCAUGGCCAACAACGUGACCAACAGCAACAUUGGUCGAAAAGUAGCAAGUGAUAGUCCAAGCUUUUUCACAGACCGAUCUCAGAGAAAAGAACAGCCUCCCGCGGAAAGGGCACCCCAGGCCCUAUCAGGCUCACAGGAUAGAGUCUUACGGCUACCAGAGAACACAGGCUGUAGCCCUUCACGUAGGAGAACAGCAUCAGAGAGCACCUCUUCUACAGUUAUGGCUGUUCCUACACGAGGUACAAGACAGGGGUCUUCAAUGGAGGAGUCAGUGGACAAUUUAUUGCAGCGCAUGGCACACAGUGAGACGCAGACUAAUAUGGACAAGACUUUAGAAGCAGUGCUUAUUAACAAUGCCUCUGCCCCAGCUUCCUCUAGUCCAGCUAGAAUGCACAGCAGGGAUAAAGGUCAAGGAAAGCUAGACAAUGUGAUGAUUUCAUCAGCAGACUCUCCCUUUGAUGGCAUGGGGGGAAUUUCAGGCAGGCAUCCCAACAGCUGUCCCCCUCACCACCUGAAGAGGAGCAUGGUGGAAGCUAUACAGAAACAGGCUAGGAAAAUUUACAACUAUGAUAAAAUCCUUGCAACUAAAAAGAACUUGGAUCAUGUAAACAAGAUACUUAAAGCCAAAAAGCUUCAGAGACAGUCACGCACAGGAAAUAACUUUGUGAAGAGGCGACCUGGCAGGCCCAGAAAGUACCCACUAGAUGCUCUUCAGACUGCCCAGCUUGUCAGCUGUAUUGUUGAUGACAGGGGAGGAAGCAACACAAGGUCAGACACAGUCACUGAUAUAAUUGAAGCUGUUGUGCAGGGUGUGAAUCGGGGAGUUGAGCAUAGAAAAGGCUGUAAGAGGAAACAUAUGGACACUGAGAUGCAAAUGGAUAAAAGGCAGAAAGCUCUAUUGGAUGAAGAUCAGGACAGUGGUACAAGCCUUUCAGAGUUUGGUGCAACAAUUGUCUCACCGACCCAUGACAUUAGUAAGGUCCAUGAGGAACAUGAUUGUUCUGUGGUCCGUCUUUUGGGUCCUCUUGUUCAGCGAGAAAAAAAGGUUGCCCGCCCUCCCAAAAAGAAAUUCCAGAAGGCAGGAUUGUUCUCUGAUGUUUACAAGACUACCGAUCCUAAGAGCCGUCUAAUUCAGUUGAAAAAAGAGAAGCUAGAAUAUGUGCCACGAGAACAUGAUUAUGGACUUUUGCCAGCUCCAAUCCACAUUGGGAAAUAUUUGAGACAGAAAAGGUGUGAUUUCCAGCUACCCUACGAUAUCCUGUGGCAGUGGAAACACAACCAGCUGUAUAAAAAGCCUGACGUUCCUCUUUAUAAGAAAAUCCGUUCCAAUGUGUACGUAGAUGUGAAGCCUCUGUCUGGCUAUGAAGCCACCACAUGCAACUGUAAGAAACCUGAAAACCUGUUGGAGAAGGGUUGUGUAGAAGACUGUUUAAAUCGAAUGAUUUUUGCAGAAUGCUCUCCCAAUACAUGUCCAUGUGGGGAACAGUGUAACAACCAGCGGAUCCAGAGGCAUGAAUGGGUGCAGUGCUUGGAACGUUUCCGUGCUGAAGAAAAAGGAUGGGGAAUCCGAACUAAGGAGCCCUUAAAAGCUACACAGUUCAUCAUAGAGUAUCUUGGGGAGGUUGUUAGCGAGCAUGAGUUCAGGAAUCGUAUGAUUGAGCAAUAUCACAAUCACAGUGACCAUUACUGUCUGAGCCUUGAUAGUGGUAUGGUCAUUGACAGUUACCGAAUGGGCAAUGAGGCUCGCUUCAUCAACCACAGCUGUGACCCCAACUGUGAGAUGCAGAAGUGGUCUGUGAAUGGUGUGUAUCGCAUAGGUCUGUAUGCUCUGAAAGACAUGGCAGCCGGUACAGAACUGACCUAUGACUACAAUUUCCAUUCCUUUAACACGGAGCAGCAGCAACUCUGUAAAUGCGGUUUUGAGAAAUGUCGAGGAAUAAUUGGAGGUAAAAGUCAAAGGAUGAAUGGGCUGACCAAUAAGACUGGCCAGCUGUUGUCUGCUCAUCGGAGACCAGGUCGCUGCAAGGAUAAGAGAAAAUCUAAGCACCGCCUGAAAAAGAGGAGAGGUCACCUUUCUGAGGAUCACAGUGACACAUUGGGCACUCCAACAAGACUUAGCCCACAACUGCAUAUGAAGCCUAUGUCCAACAGAGAGAGGAAUUUUGUUCUAAAGCAUCACAUUUUCCUUGUGAGAAACUGGGAAAAAAUCCGUCAGCGACAUGAAGAAGUAAAGCAUGCCUCUGAUAAUGUUCAUCCUGUAUCUCUCUAUAAUCGCUGGAAUGGUAUCUGCAGGGAUGAUGGGAACAUAAAAUCUGAUGUCUUCAUGACCCAGUUUGCAGCUCUGCAGACAUCACGUUCUGUGCGCACAAGGAGGCUAGCAGCUGCGGAAGAGAACCAUGAGGUGGCCCGUGCUGCCCGCUUGGCCAAAAUAUUCAAGGAGAUAUGUGAUGGUAUCAUCUGCUACAAAGAUUCUUCCAACCAGGCCCUGGCUACUCCUCUCCUUAGUCUUCCUCCCAAGAAGAAAAACCCUUAUUAUUUUGAGAAGAUUUCAGAUCCUCUUGAUCUCCUUACCAUUGAAAAGCAGAUACUUAUUGGAUAUUACAAGACAGUUGAAGCAUUUGACACAGAUAUGCUGAAGGUUUUCCGGAAUGCAGAGAAGUACCAUGGGAGGAAAUCACAGACUGGGAGAGAUGUGUGCAAGCUCAGGAAAGCCUACUACAGUGCCCGGCAUGAGGCUGCAGCUCAAAUUGACGAAAUUGUGGGGGAAACUGCCAGUGAAGCUGACAGCAGUGAGACUUCGCUUUGUGACAAAGAUGGCACCCAUGAGAAAGACGAUGACAUAAUCAGAUGUAUUUGUGGUCUCUACAAGGAUGAGGGACUUAUGAUUCAGUGUGAGAAAUGCAUGGUGUGGCAACACUGUGACUGCAUGGGAGUGACAUCUGAUGUGGAGCACUACUUGUGUGAGCAGUGUGAUAAUAGGCCUGUUGACCGUGAAGUUCCCAUGACACCAUGCCCACACUAUGCACAGCCUGGUUGUAUCUACUAUAUUUGUCUUCUGCGGGAUGAGCUGCUGCUUCGCCAAGGUGACUGUGUAUAUCUGAUGAGAGAUAGUCGUCGAACACCUGACGGGCAGCCAGUACGCCAAUCAUACAGACUUCUUUCACAUAUCAAUCGUCAGAAAUUAGACAUCUUCCGCAUCGAAAAGCUGUGGAAGAAUGAAAAGGGUGAGCGUUUUGCUUUUGGUCAUCAUUACUUCCGCCCACAUGAAACUCACCAUUCACCUUCACGCAAAUUCUACCACAAUGAGCUAUUCCGUGUACCAUUGUAUGAGAUCAUCCCUCUGGAAGCUGUCGUUGGAACAUGUUGUGUUCUGGACCUGUACACAUAUUGCAAAGGUGAGCCAAAGGGUGUGAAGGAGCAGGAUGUUUAUAUCUGUGAUUACCGCCUGGAUAAAUCUGCACACCUAUUUUACAAGAUCCACCGUAACAGAUUCCCAGUCUGCACCAAAAGUUAUGCAUUUGACCACUUCCCCAAGAAGCUAACACCAAAGAGGGACUUUUCGCCUCACUAUGUUCCAGAUAAUUACAAGCGAAAUGGAGGAAGAUCAUCAUGGAAAUCUGAACGUCCCAAACCAGCCAGUAGAGAUCUUUCCCUAGAAGAUGACACCCUUCCUCUAAUGGAAGACUUACUGGAAAAUCAAGAAAUGGCCCCCAGUGAAGUAUCUGUUCCUGAAGAGACGGAGGUUAUGUCCACAUCUGUAGAAAUCACAGAGGAAAGAGCUAUAGUUGAAGAUAGCAACCGUCAUUCACCUCGAUUGUGCUCCCUCCAGGAGAGAAGGCAGGCACAAAGAGACAAACUUAACCAGAUUCUUCUUAAAUUGCUAGAGAAAAUUCCGGGAAAGAAUGCUAUUGAUGUCACAUAUCUCCUUGAGGAGGGUCCUUGUAGAAAGCUACGGAGACGUACUCUUACACUCCCAGAAUGCAUCUUCAGGAAGUGAGUGGCGAGUGAUUCUGUGAUGAGGAGACACUGCCAGCCUGGCGCAGAGAAAGACUGUGCCCAAGGAAAGGAAGAGGGCACUCGGCCCUCACAGAGUAGCAAUGGGACAGUCCAGAAGAGUUUGUGUGUCUGUGUUUACACACGAGUGAAAGAGGGCAGCGCUGUUAGACUGGCAGGUGGUGCCAUAGUCACAAGCGCUUUUUAUUCCUCAUCACCACAGUUCCUAAUGUAAUGCUCAAUUUUCAUUUUACAUUUCCUCAGAAGUUUAGAAAAACUGUGAGGUCAGUACAGCUUGUUUCAGGUGGGAGAGGUUUUGGGAAAUUUUGAGCCUUAUGGUUUUCCAAAGCUGGCUAAAUAUUACUCUGAUAGAAGUGUCACUUAAAGCUGCGUCCCUCUUAAAUCACACAGUGAGCUGUGUGCUUGCUAUGCAGAUCCCACUGAGCUGUAUGUGCUUCGCUGCCCCUGAGCCUUAUGCACUCUUCGGUUCUCUAAGCAUUGUGCACACUAUGCAGGUGCACCCUGAGCUGUGUGUGCUCUACGCAGACCUGAGCUGAGAGCUCUACAUCGACUUCCCAUGAGGUGUGUGGGAUCUCCGCAUUCUCCCUGUGAACUAUUUGUGCUUUCUGCAAACUUCACUUGAAUUACUGUCUCAUAUAUCCCUUGCUAAACAGUGUUGCUGUUUAAUACUGUUCUCCAUUAGAUGUUCCAUUACUCAAAGUAUCAUAAACUUUUGUACUGCUAAAAGUUACCAUUGUCCUCUUACAAAGAUGUAUCAUUGCGCACUAUCUUGUCUCUCCCCCUUUAGAGGUACCACUAUUCUUAUAUGUGUCCCUAACACAGAGAUGCCACUAUUUUAUAGUGUCCUCUUGCUUAGUGGUGUCACUGUCCUGUCUCUUUCCGCUGUGAAAUGUUGCUAUUACAUACUGCUACUCACUCACCACUUUCAAUGUCCACUAGAUUGGAUGUAUAAUAAUCUAAAAGCCUCAUUCCUCCAUACUCUUCAUCAGCUCUGUGGUACCUCAUCUGAUUCAGAUGUAGUGCUGUGCUUGAACUUAGAUGUCCCUGCCGGCUGCUUCAAAGAAUUUGUGUACUAACCUGUAAUUUGCACUUUAACUUACUCCAACAGAGAGUAUUUUUCUGACUUCGUCAUCACGGUUGUUUCUCUGACUAUUGACUAUGGGCUAUUCUGUCCCCUUUCUGGUAGGUAUUAUAGCUCUCAGCUAAGAGAAUUUGCCAUAUACUAACCUCCCAGUUUAAGUGUACCUCUGAAUUGUACGGUCUGAUCAUCCAGAUGUAUCACUGAUCACCAAGUUUAGUUUACUAUACCAUAUUGUCAUCUCUUACAUUGUAUCAUGCUCUAUACUACUUUAUUACUACAACUCAGUAAUUCCUAAAGAGAACUCCAAAUAUAAUUUCCCAUAAAAUGGUUACUUGUUUAUACUAAAAAAAACAAAAAAAAACACUUUCAUUAAUUUAAUUCCUUUAGUACUUCAUUCUACAUGGAUAUUGUUUGAUCGUAUCAAUUGACCAUAGCAGCAGUGAUAAGAUAAAUAUUACUCAAAAGAUAUUUAAAUGAGUAUGUCCUUGGAAUGCAAAGAAAUGCACAUUUUGCAAACAAAAUUAGUUAAGAUUAAGAUCUUUUGCAGUGCAACAGUGCUAUAUAAUAUGCAUAUAAAAUAUAUUCAUGUUCUUCUUUAACCUCUUGCUGACGUAUGUCUUUGUCGUCCAUCUUAGAGAAAAUAAGGUGUCAGUCGUCUUACUUAGAGGCAUUUGUUUCCACUAGCAGUGUCACUACUGCAUGCUGUUCAUCUACUAAGAAAGUUAUACUCUCAUAUUGUUCCUUAUUCAGAUAUGUGGGACUCAGAGAUUUUACUGUCACCUGGAACAUGACAUAUAUGUCAUAGGAAUCAACUAACUCAUUAUUUUCCAACUUUUAUUUAAUCACAAAUUAAUUUUAAUUCACAAAUUACCUUUGUCAGCCAUAUAACGGUUUAUAAUUUAGGAUUUCCCUAAUGUCAAUAUCAAGGGACAUUAUUUCCUUUAUAUCUUACUAAUACCUCAUUCUGUGCACUCAAAAAUCUAUUUCCAUAUGCAUUAUUGCAUUGCCUACUCUUUAAGUCAUCUGAGAUGAUAACUAGCAAAUCCUUAUCCUUAAGCAGAGACCCUUUGUCUGUGACUCCACCAUGUUGUCAUCUUCUUCAGUGUCCGGUCAUUUCAUUAUCAGUUUUCCUGUUCUACUUUUGAGUCUUGCCUUGUGUCACCCCUGUUCUAGCAGUACUAUUGUGGAAUCCUAUUGAGUGACACAGUUAUGUAACUUCUUAUGGAGAAUAUGGAGAUGAGACAGGUCUUAGCAACCCCCUGUAUGUGCAACAAAGACCUUAAUAGUCUCCAUUAUACUAGAGACAUAUUCCAGACCUACUCUGUGAGAACAAAAGAGGUGUGAAAACACUUUUUACCAACACCAAAAGUAGACAAGACAUUGUAAUUAACCUCUAGUAAGGACAACCUAUAGCAAAAACGGUUUUUACCAUAGAGCAGCAGGGGGACACACAUAUUAGCAUGAUCUAAUAAUGAAAGGAGAAAGGAGUUCAGUAACCUUAGAAUAGAACUGAGAAGAUUCUCAACUUAGUAACUGAUUAUUUCUAGUAUUUGAAAGAUAGAAACAGUUCAGCAACCUCUAGUGAUAAUAAAAGUGGAGCCAAAGCUCAGUAACCUUCUGCAAGUCUAGAAACUCUGAUAAUAACACCUUGUGAGGACAUAGCUUAGUUGACCUAAAUGAAACCAGUAACGUGGUGUGGGUACAGCACAGAAACCCACACUAAGGAAAGCGUAGAGGGAAGGUAUGGCCCAGUAACCGCCAGGAAGCUAACAGUGAGGUCACAGCUCAAAAGCCUCCACUGAGAAGAACCAAGAGCAGAUGGACUUGUAAACUCUAGUAAGAACAAUAGAGAUAGUUAACAGCUUAGUAAUCACCAAGUAAAGAAAGAAUGCAGGAACGUUUGUUCAGUAUCUCCCAGGCUGUAAAGCAGAUUAGGGGGGGGGGCAUACUUUAGCAAUCUCCCAUGUAUAUGGUAUAACACACAGUUCAGUCAAGUUUUUCCACUCCUUCAAUGUGCAAAUUCCCUAUAAGACCCCUUUGUGACCCAGAAGAAAGUACACAACAGGGCAGGAUAAAUUACAAAAAAUAAUAAUAAAGCAUAGCUUAUUAAUUGUUUUUAAUAUAUAUAUGUAUAUGUCCUAAAGUCAAGUUUUAAUGUCCUUAAAAGGAAGACAGAUUGUUUUAAAUAAUGUGCCAAGCUAUGUAUAUAAAUAUACAUAUAUACAUAAAUAUAUUUGCGUGGAUGUAAAGCAAUACAACUCUUUCUUGUUCAUUUUUACCUGGGCAAUGUUCGCCCUGAUGUAUAUUAUCUGUUGUGAUUAUUUUAUUCACUAGUCACUUGUCAUUCCAUCAGCCCUUUCAUUGCCAAGAGGUGGCCCAACGCACUUUGCAAGGCUUUGCUCUGAAGGCAGGGAAAGGGUUAAAUUGUUACUACUUUUAUUCUAGAGGGGGAUAAAAGAAGAAACAAGAGGAAAAUACCCUUUAAGAAGAAAAAAAAAAUAUUUUAUUAAAAAGCAAAAAUGAAAAAUCUGUUUGAAUAUUUUCUUACUUGUAGGAGUGUGGUAAAUGUGAGUAUGAGAUACUCGAUCUCUGCAGACUGUACACCACACUCAGUCUGCUUCACUUUAUAGUCAUUGUCUUAUAAAAGGGAUUAAGAAACUUACUGUGUUUAACACUAAGGCAGUCAUUAAAAAUGACAUCCAGAGCAUAGGCCACACAGUGGCAGAUCUCGUCUGUCUGCUCGCUCAUUACAGUCCGGGAAGACGAGGCUCUCCCUGUGUCAUAGAAAUACUGACAAUUUUGAGACAAUCAAAGGAUUCGAAUUGAGCUGCGAUCUCAUAUUAUAUAAAUAUAUAUAUAUAUAUAUUUUGUGCGUGCCUGUGUUUUUUUUUGUUUUGUUUUUUUUUAUUUUUAUUUUUUGUUAUUUUUCUUUUUUCAACUGGUGUAAAAAUGUAAUUCCCUUUUUGUGGUUGUUUUAUAAUAAUAAUAAUUAAAAAAAAAAAAAAGUUUAUCAUAAGGUUUUUAAAACUAUUAAAGCACUACAAGGUGGCACAGCCGAGACCUGCCAGUCUGCAUGGAUGGUGUAGGUUAUGUAAUUGCUGAAAAUAAAUGCUGCUAAUGUUUCAUUUUUACAAGGAAAAAAAAAAGAUGCAUAACUAAAUAGAUGAUUGUUUCGAUGUUAAUCUUUGUAAAUGAUGUAUUACCGAUUUUAGCAUUGGAUGUACUCCUCAGAUCUCAGUUAUUGAGAGUCUAGUAUUAAAUGGAAAAAUAUCAGUUUUUCCUACUGACAAGUUGUUCUGUUUUACUUUUCAUGUUCCUGUGUAGAUUUUUUUUAGCCGUAUAAUAUUCCUGAUUCUAUAACAAAACCUGUUAGGAUGUAUGGCACCUGUUUUUAGCAAUAAACUUCCACUUGGGGAAUUUCAGUAAUUUUUAUAUAAUUUAUCUCAAAUUUAUUGUACUUUGUAAUACCUAUUAGAAAAUCAACAUUAAAAAGAAUCUUUAUAGCUGACAACAGCGUUCAAAACUUCAAAGACUUCAUCUAUAAGAAAAUAAAUAAAUAUUAUAAAUGCC